CCCUUGUCCUUGUUCAAAAGAGAAACUUGUGUGAGUAAACUGCUCACUACCAGGGAGAUAGGGAGAGAGGGUUGUGGGUAAGAGGGGAGAGGACCCCAAGCCUCCUGAAGCUCUCCCCACCCCAGGCUCUAGCAGAGGGUGUGCCUGAGCGCGAAGUGAUCUCCCGGGAAGGCUUGCACCAGUCACGCCGGAAGGCGUUGCCGGGCUUGGGGUAGCUGGCACUGGGAACGGGCUUUUGGGCCACCCCGAAAGCGAAUCCAGCUGGGGUAAGAAACUGCGGGCACCUCGGGCAAUCCCGCUGGAGAGAAAGUUGGGCGGGAGAAAACUUUCUUGGAAGGUCGAGGCAGCCAGGGGCCGCUCGGAAAGCAAGGCGCGGUCCGUGCCGCCGGAGGGCGCAGGGCGCACGCCAGCUGGGGAGGGGGCUCUGGCUCGAGGCGGAGUCCGGGCGCGACGCCAGGCUGGUGGGGGGGCCCCCCCGCAGGCUGCAGAUUCCCUCCGGCUCCCGGGAGCCGCGGCAGGACCGGCCAGGAGGCGCCAUGGAGGGGAGCCCCAUCCCGGUGCUGACGGUGCCCACAGCGCCCUAUGAGGACCAGCGGCCGGCAGGCGGCGGGGGGCUCCGGCGGCCCACUGGCCUCUUCGAGGGUCAGCGCAACUACCUGCCCAACUUCAUCCAGAGCGUGCUGUCAUCCAUCGACCUGCGCGACCGCCAGGGCUGCACCAUGGUGGUGGGCAGCGACGGCAGGUACUUCAGCAGGACCGCCACGGAGAUCGUGGUGCAGAUGGCCGCGGCCAACGGGAUUGGACGACUGAUAAUCGGACAGAAUGGCAUCUUGUCGACACCUGCAGUUUCCUGCAUUAUCAGAAAGAUCAAGGCAGCUGGUGGAAUCAUCCUAACAGCCAGCCACUGCCCUGGAGGACCAGGGGGAGAGUUCGGAGUGAAGUUUAAUGUUGCCAAUGGAGGUCCUGCGCCAGAUGUCGUCUCUGACAAAAUUUAUCAAAUCAGCAAAACCAUUGAGGAAUAUGCCAUAUGUCCUGAUCUUCGAAUUGACCUAUCUCGACUAGGAAGACAAGAAUUUGACCUGGAGAACAAAUUCAAACCAUUUAGAGUGGAGAUAGUGGAUCCAGUGGAUAUCUAUCUCAACCUCCUUCGGAACAUUUUUGACUUUAAUGCCAUCAAGAGUUUGCUGACUGGGCCCAGCCAACUGAAGAUCCGAGUUGAUGCAAUGCAUGGAGUUAUGGGACCCUAUGUGAGAAAAGUUUUGUGUGAUGAACUGGGUGCCCCAGCUAAUUCUGCAAUAAACUGUGUUCCCUUGGAAGACUUUGGAGGACAGCAUCCUGACCCAAACCUGACAUAUGCAACGACCCUUCUGGAAGCUAUGAAAGGAGGGGAAUAUGGGUUUGGAGCUGCAUUUGAUGCUGAUGGGGACCGUUAUAUGAUCUUAGGCCAAAAUGGCUUCUUUGUGAGCCCUUCCGACUCCCUGGCCAUUAUUGCCGCCAACCUCCCUUGCAUUCCAUAUUUCCGCCAGAUGGGGGUCCGAGGGUUUGGGAGGAGUAUGCCUACCAGCACGGCCCUGGACAGAGUGGCCAAAUUAAUGAAGGUCCCUGUAUAUGAGACUCCAGCUGGAUGGAGAUUCUUCUCAAAUCUGAUGGACUCUGGACGGUGCUCUUUGUGUGGAGAAGAAAGUUUUGGCACUGGCUCUGAUCACCUCCGGGAGAAAGAUGGCCUCUGGGCUGUCUUGGUCUGGCUCUCUAUUAUUGCUGCCCGGAAGCAGAGUGUUGAAGAAAUUGUCCGAGAUCACUGGGCCAAAUUUGGCCGCCACUACUAUUGCAGGUUUGACUAUGAGGGACUAGAGCCCAAGACAACAUAUUACAUCAUGAGGGACCUGGAAGCCCUGGUCACUGACAAGUCCUUCACUGGCCAGCAGUUUGCUGUGGGGAACCAGGUCUACAGUGUGGCGAAGACAGACAGCUUUGAAUAUGUGGACCCUGUGGAUGGCACUGUGACCAAGAAACAGGGCGUGAGGAUCAUUUUCUCGGACAUGUCACGGCUCAUCUUCCGGCUCAGUUCCUCCAGUGGCGUGCGGGCCACUAUCAGACUGUAUGCAGAGAGCUACGAGAGGGACCCCAGCGGUCAUGACCAGGAGCCCCAGGCCGUGCUGAGCCCUCUCAUAGCCAUCGCGCUGAAAAUAUCCCAGAUUCAUGAGCGUACUGGCCGCAGGGGCCCCACUGUCAUCACCUGAGCUGGGGGAAGCUCACUCUCCAGGGCCCAGCGAGAGCGCUCCGCAGAGACACUUCACCACGCCUUCAUGCUACCUGUUUGUGCCUCUCAUGACUUUGCAAAAAAGAUAAAAAAAAAAGAAAAAAAAAACAGAUAAUUUGCUAAUGGGGGUUGGGGGUGGAGGGGGGAAUAAAGAAAUCUGUUUUGUUUGGGUUUUGGUUAAUUCCUCCCAAUGCAAAAGGGUCUUCAGUUGUCUGUUAAAGCUGCACUAUCAUUUUCUAUUUUCAUACACAAAGGAACCUCCCCUUUUGAGAAGGAAUAAGUGGGAUGGACUCUAAGUCCUUGUGUCUAUGUGUUAUUGGUGCCAGAUGAGAAAAGGUUCUAAAAUCAUAGAGGAAAGAGAAGCAUCAGAAUUAAGCUGACCCUCGGCCACAGGCGCCCCUGGGCACAUCUAAAUUACUCUUCAGCAUGGAGGAGUAUUUAGCUUUUCCUUCCAGGUCAGGUCUUCCUUGAGGGAAAGUUGUAGAACUCCUAAUAGUCCACCUCGUGCCUGCCAACCACGUGGUGACCCACCCUCCCCCUUCCCGCAUCCAAUGUCCCUCACAUCUUCUAGAGCUUUCUACAACUCACAAUAACAUAUCUAUAAAACAUCAAAGGGUAUUUUCUCUUUAUUUUUAUAAAUAAUAUUUUAGCUAUUAAUGUGGCUGCAUUUCUCCACAUUCAGCCAUUCAGGGAAGCAGUUAUUGGCAGGACUCUAAAAAUAAUGCUUAACGUUCUUUGGGCCCUUUCUUAAUUAUAUUAGGAGAAUUGCUUCUUGGAAAGGCAAAAUACUACCUUGUCUGCUAUCUCUCUGACUCUAUCUUAUCUCCCAAUAAAGGUCUACAUUAAUGCACUUGUUUGGACACAGUGCUCUUAUCAUGGCAGAAAAAGUAGAAUGAAAUGCUGUAUAUGAAAAAGCAGAAUGAAAUGCUGUAUAAGUAGGGAAGGAAGUGGGUGCUGGAAGAAAACCUUACUGGUGGUACAGUUAGGAGGCCGAUGAGUUGGGGGAGUGACCCCUGCUGCAAAGCAGAGGGCUACAACUGGCUUUCUGUGUCCAGGAAAGGAUAUUGCAGCUCUAGCAGCAUCAUCUGCACUCAGCCAGAACACUUGGUGCAUGGGACCUGUUUGCAUGUUUUGCUUCCUUGGGAACGGCACUGUCACUUACUGUGUCAUUUGUGCAGAUGACGUGAUGUGCUGUGACUGUUAAGCAAUACCUUAUUGCUGUAGUCAAGUUUAGUGCAAGCAGGGAAACAUUCCCAGUAAGAUAUUUGUUUCCAUUUUCUAUCUAUGCUUCUGUCAGAAAGUUGCUAGGACACGUAGUAACCAAUAAAAAGGAUUCCUAUUUCAACCUUUUGCAAGGAUCAUGGGUUUUUGCUUAUUUGUUUGUUUGUUUCAUCAAUUGGGAAACUCUAGCAGUGGUCACCCAUUUCAAUCCCACCGUCUUUCAGUACACUUGCAAGGACUGGUUUUCAUUAUUAUGACCUUGGGAAUUUAUUAAAUAAAGGGAACAGAAAAGGCAAAUUGCUCAAAAGUGUCUGUGGAUGUCAGCAGAAACUAAAAUAGCAUCUAGUUUUUCAGCAUAAGUACCUUCCUUUCAAAAUAAUAGGAAAAUGGCUUUGAAUGAGAGUCUCAAGAACUAGUAAUGAAAUUUAUCAACAACGGCUCCUGCCCACUUAGGACUAUGCAGGUGCCUCUCUCUUCCUUUCCCUUUUUCCUAAUAAAACUGUCCUUUAAAAAUGUGUGUGUGAGAGAGAGAGAGAGAGAGAGAGAGAGAUUGUGAAUGGAGGGAAGGAGAGAGAAAGGGAAGGGAAGGGUAGGAG